AUGGGUGUAGAUGUAAAUAUUUUAAGAAAGACACUCAAAACAGCUUACCCUACCGCUAUUGCCUCCACGGCCACGCCGCAGCGAUCAAAUGGAAUUCAGUUGCUUCCGAUCAUGUGGCGACAAGAGAUCAAGUUUGGCAUGGCCUCCGAUGAUGAAGAAGGCGUUGAAACAGAUUUAGGAACUUUGGGCGUGGACGAUGGUUGUCCCACCUUGGAUGAACUGACCUUGGACGGCGUUCCCAAUUUGCGAACCAUAGUUUCCGACGUACUCAUGGACAUUCCUUUAUACAUGACGCCCAAAUACCGUGAUCAAAUGACCGCGAUUUUAAUUCGUGAGAUUAACCGCGUCUACCGUCUUUUUGUACAAAGAAAUCCGGGGUUCCUGGAACGAGAUGGAAAGGUCACCAUUUUUGGUCACUCAUUAGGCUCGAUGCUGGCAUUUGAUAUGCUUUCCAUGCAACCUGCAGGUCCAAUAGAUCCCAAGUCGGCCUUGUCGCCUGCCACGACCGACUCGUCCACACGUGGCAAUGCGAAUGAUAAAAAAAUUGUCCCUCUCAUCUUUCCAGUGCAAAAUUUCUUCGCGGUAGGGUCACCUUUGGGGGUCAUCCUGUUGCUGAAAGGCCAUAACAUUGCUUCGCGAAAAUCCAUGGGUGUCGGUUUAUCGUCUUUUAAUGAAUCCGUUUCCACACCUUCCUCUCACAUCACUUACUGUUACCCCGCCGUGGAAAACCUGUACAAUAUCUUUCAUAAGUCGGAUCCUGUGGCGUAUCGUUUGGAGCCGUUGAUUGCACGACAGUACAGCGCAAAGUUGAAACCUGAGCCUGUGCCUUACAUCAAGGGGGGAUUGAAAAGUGUGAUUGAUGCCGGAUUUAACGUGGGAUCUGGGAUUGCUAAUCGUGCUGGCGCGAUGUACGAAUCCUUCAAAAUGGGCCUGACGACGAAUUUAUUUAUGCGCGGACUGGGGCUGUCACGGCAGCAGAUUUAUGAAGAUAUGCAUCCCUCCUCUGAUAAUGACGACGAUCCCGCGCCUUACUCAAUUGGCGCUCGAAAAUUACGCAUGCUCAACGUUACUGGCCGAGUCGACUACUGUCUGCAAGAAGGAUUUCUUGAAAAUCCAUACCUCAAUGCAUUCAAUGCACAUAUGCAGUACUGGCAGGAUCUGGAUGUGGCAGCGUUCCUUGUUAGAGAGAUUUAUAGAUAG